AUGUCUCGGAAGCGGAAGGAGAAUGACGAGAGUCAGCAGUCGGCCGAGGAGGAGCCGAACUUUGACCAGCAGGAGGACGUCAAGACCUACCAAACCAACGACGAACUCGACGUACGUACCACAUGCGGCCAGAUCACACCAGCACAUAUGGCAACGGCAAAGACAGCUGAUGAAGCGAGAGAUCACGUCGCUGUGUGGUGUGUGUGAUUGUGUGUCAGGUGGAGUUUCGUGUCCGCGUGUUGGCAGAUCUGCUGACGUGCCGCAUGUGUGGAGGGUUCUUCAAGGAUGCCAUGACCGUCAAGGAGUGCCUCCACACAUGUGGGUCGCUGCACUCCCUGAAUCGGAUCAUGUCACGAUCGAGAGGAUGGGAUGGGAUCUGUGUACUGUAUGUGUGCAGUUUGCAAGAGCUGCAUCUAUGGGUACCUGUCCAAGCAGGACCUCAGGAAGAAGUGCUACUGCCCCUACCCUGAGUCAGCGAGCAGCACUGACACCACGCUCUGCACACACCCACUCCAUCGCCGGUGUGUUCUAUGUGUCUGCUUCGGUUGGUGCAGCUGCGGAGAGGACCUGGGGGCGCAGCCAUUCGACGCCGUCGAGUGAGCUCACUGACACACAAAGCGUCUCGUGGCCCGUGAUUGCCCGUCGACAAGUCUUUGUCUUUCGUGCGAUAAAUGAAUGUCUGUAGGUCUGACCGGACGCUUCAGAAUUUGGUCGACAAGUUGUUCCCCGAGUUCGCUGAGCGCGAGAAGAAGGAAAGGGAGGGGCUGUACCGAUUCUGUGGUCCGUCAGGAAGCCGGAUAGAUGGGAUGAACGAACGAACAUGCCGCCAGGUGGACAUGGGCGUGGUGGAUGUGAUGUUCGUUUGUGUAGGUCUCGAUCAUCUUCUGGAGGACUCACCGGGAGUGCCCGAACAAAACGGUGUGCUCACGCACACGCACGAACGAAGGAGCAGCGACUGUCCAAAUGAUGCAGUGUUGUUGGCUGUGCCGUGUUCUCCGACCGAUGUGGUCAGGUUUGUCUGCCCCGGCACCGAAGGAGAAGAUUGGCGGCGGCGAGGCGACGGAAGAGCUGCACAAGAUGCUCGUCAAGGGUAUGGACACUCGCCAUGCGUGAGAAUCCACACAGACGCGUCGAGCAUCGUGUCUGUAUCCCACACAGGUCGUUACCGUGAGGUGCUCCAGUCAGACCUCACCUUCAUGCUGCUGCCAAAGGACGAGUAAGGCGGAUAAAGAAAGCCAUACCAGAUAGACCGAUGGAGGAAAGAGGCUGGCAGUGUGGCAGACAGGCAGGCAGGCAGGCAAUGUGUCGAUUCUGUCUGUCUCGCGUGGUGGCUGGGUGGCUGCAGUUCUCUGGGUCCGCUGUCCCGUCCUUACCUUCGGACCAACUCGCAGAUGACCGUUGGCCAUCUGAUGAAGUACCUCGUCAAGAAAAUGAACCUUCACGACACAUCAGAGGUAUGUGGAGAGGCAGGCAGGCACGAUUGAGUGGUCUUCUUCCCUCUCCCUCACCACCACCCUCUGUUGCGUGCAGGUGCAGAUCAUGUGUGAGAAGCAGGUGUGCGCCAGGUCGCACACUCUCGAGUUCCUCAAGUGAGCCUACACACACCAACGCACCAACCCACCGACGUAUCCCCUCCAUCCAUCCAUGCAUCCAUCCGAGUGUUUGUGUUUGUGUGUGUGUGUGUCGUUUGUUUCUUCUCAGCAAGACGCGCCGGAUGGACCGGGACAAGUACAUGGUGCUGCACUACCGCCGCAUGGCCAAAGACAAGAGCCUCUGGGUCGCACCGCCCCCAAAGCCGCCACCGGUGGUCAGGAAGAAGUGGGCACGGAAGAACCCACCACAAGACAAGGCCGCAGCGGCAGCAGCAGCAGCCGCUGCCGCAUCGGCGGGUGGAGCUGGGGAAGGUCGGGAGGGCGAGGGCGAGAACGCGAUCCCAUCUCCCUCCCCAUCGCCAUCACCCGACGCCUCCCAGUCGCAGUCACAGUCUGCGAGGGAGGAACGGGAAAGCCCAUCGCUCGACAACCAGAAUGCGGUGCAAGCGGAGGGCGAGGAGGAGGGUGAGGGUGAGGAGGCCUUCAAUGGCGAGGCAGCUGACGGGCAGGAGGAGAUGGCGGACGAGGCGAAGGAGGAAGAUGAGGUGGUCGGAGCUCAUGUGGAUAUCGACAUGGGGGAGGGCGAGAGGGCGGAGGCGUCGCAGGAGGCAGCGGACGAGCCAAUGCAGACGUCCCAGCAGGAGGAAGAGGAGCUGGGGAGGGGAGGGGGCGAUCAAGUGGCAGAGGGCUCUGUGCAGCCAGAUCAGCAGCAGGGGGGAGGGGGAGAGCGGUCGUCUCAGCAGCCAGUGGAUGAGGACUGUGUGAUGGAUGACGGGGGCAGCACCGGCAGCUAGGCUGUCUGCACUGACCAGAGAGGGAGGGAGGGAGGGACGGGGUAGAUGCCCGCGUGGGCAUCUAUCUCAUGCCCUCUCUGGAGACUCGGCCUCAGCAUGAGUAGGUGUUUAACUAAUGAACAGAUUCGCUUUCACAGAAGCAUGGGCGACCAGC